CAACUCUCCUCUCUCAUUAUCACCAUAUAAUUACUAUCUCAAAAUGGCCAUUAGAAAAUCAAACAAGCUGACACAAAGAGCCAUGAUCAAGCAGAUCAUGAAGCGGUGCUCGAGCCUAGGGAAGAAGCACGGGUACGAGAACGAGGAAGGGCUCCCGUUGGACGUGCCAAAGGGGCACUUCGUGGUGUAUGUGGGCGUGAAUAGGACCAGAUACAUCGUUCCUAUCACGGUUCUCAACAUGCCCGAAUUCCUGAGCCUGCUUCAACAAGCGGAGGACGAGUUCGGAUUCGAUCACGACAUGGGACUCACUAUCCCAUGUGAUGAUCAAGUAUUCGAGUCUCUAAUGUCAUUUGUUAGAUAGAAAAAAAAAAUUUAUGCACAAAAUUGUGGUCCAGUUUAUUAAUUUAUUACUGGACUAGCCAUAUAUAGUAAUUUUUUUUUAUCCAUGCUUGUGGAUUUUUUUUAAUCUUGAGAUUUCUUGACUGGCUGACUAGAAUCACCCAUGAUGUUGAAAUCUAAAUAGGUUAGGAAAUAUGCAUGUAAAUUUAGGAAUAUGGGAAGGUUUGGUUUUUCCUCAAGCAGUGGUUUUUUUGGCUGUGAUUAAUGAUGAUUGUGGCCUUGAUUUGUACCCUGUGGGAGUACUAUUAAUAUAUUCCACUGCUUCUUUUGAUGCUAUUUUGCUCGUUAUUUUCA